UAUUUUCCCAUACAGAAUGGCACAUUCCGCUGGCUGUCCGGAGCUGUCAAACGCCAGCAACGACAGCCAGGAGAAAGAGACACUAUGGCGUCGGAACAGGAGAGCUCUAAUGGGCCAGUGAAGAGGUCUAUGCGGGAGAAGGCCAUCGAGCGCCGCAGUACCAAUAAGGAGCACAACAGUAACUUCAAAGCGGGGUACGUCCCCAUAGAGGAGGAGCGUCUGCACAAGACCGGCCUACGGGGACGCAAGGGCAACCUGGCCGUCUGCAUCAUCGUCCUCCUCUUCCUCCUCGCGCUCAUCAACCUCAUCAUCACACUGGUAAUUUGGAGUGUGAUCCGGAUUGGUCCUGAUGGUUGUGACAGCAUGGAGUUCCACCCGAGCGGGCUGCUGCGUUUCAAGAAGAAGGCGGACAUGGGCGUGGUCCACCCACUGCACAAGAGCACGGUCGGCGGCAGGAAGCAUGAGGACCUGGUCAUCACAGGCAACAACAACCCGGUGGUGUUCCAGCAGGGUUCCACCAAGCUCAGUGUGGAAAAGGACAAAACGUCCAUCAGCAGUGACCUUGGAGUGUCCUUCACUGACCCCCGUACUCAAAACACCUUCUUCAGCACAGACUACGAGAACCACGAGUUUCACCUGCCCAAAGGGGUGAAGGUGCUCAACGUGCGGAAAGCAUCCACUGAGCGGAUCACCAGCAAUGCUACCUCAGACCUGACCAUCAAAGGUGAAGGCAAGGCUAUCAUCCGCGGCAACGAGGGCGUCUUCAUCAUGGGCAAAACAGUGGAGUUCAAGAUGGGCGGAGCCAUCGAGCUCAGGGCUGAGAACAGCAUCAUUCUGAAUGGGCUGGUGACGGUGAGCCCGUCUCGGAUCCCCAACUCGUCGGUGGGGGGGGGGGAGCUGUCCUACAGCGAGGGGGUGGAGCGGUACAAGCUGUGCAUGUGUGCAGAUGGGACCCUCUUCAGGCUGCAGGUCCUGUACCAGGACAUGGGCUGCCAAACCUCCGACAACCCCUGCAGCCCCGCCCACUGAGCCCCGCCCACCCAGCGCUGCCAUGGAAACCACACCCGCACACGGCAGGAUCAACCUCUACGCAGUGGAGCGCACACACACACACGCACACAUAUACACACACACACACGCACGCGCACACAUGCACACGCACACGCACACACACACACACACACACACACACACACAUACACACGCACACACACGCACAACCACACACACGCAUAUAUACACAUAUACAUACACGCACAACCACACAUGUACGCGUACACACACUCACACACAUACACACACACAUGCAAAUACAAAGCCACUCACUUAAUAACUGCUCGGCCAGACUGCAAUGCUUUCUCCAUUUUUCCCCGUGUACAGACAGAAGGUCUCCCUGUUUUCUUACUGCAUAUUGAUUUGAGAGGGGGGGGGAAAGUACAGAAUUAUUUUUGUAUUUGUGAAUAAAUUACUGUAGCAGUUUGACCCACCCGGAGAGCCCCUCUGUCAGGCAGAGAAGCUUCCGGAAGGCUGGUCAGGGUGGAUUCCUGCACAGAGGAGCAGCAGUUGGUCUGUUUGUUUGUAAAGAUGCUCGUUCUCAGGCUUCCCGGCCCGGCUCAUCCUCAGCUCCAUGUGUUAUAGCGCUGGAGACGGAACCGGAUAUCAGUGCAGCCGAACCGGUUCAGAGCUCUGCUCUCUCUAACUCCACUCUUUCACUGUGCUAGCUUCAUUUCUGCUUCCAAGGGCACCACUGUACUUAACAUAUACUGCACAAACUGAUGCUGUCCUCAUCAUCAGACUGAACUUUUCACUGUGCUGUCAUACAGAACCGUGCCCAUUGGCUACAUGCAAAUGCAGGCCACUGUCCAUAUUAGCUACAUGCUAAUGCAGGCCACUGUCCAUAUUAGCUACAUGCUAACACAUACCACUAUACACAUUAGCUACAUGCUAACACAGGCCACUGUGCACAUUUGCUACAUGCUAGCGCUGGCCAGUGUCUGCAUUAGCUAGAUGCUAAUGCAGGCGGCUGUCCACAUCUGCAUUUAUAUAUAUCUUUAAUUGCCUGAUGCUCUGUGCAAGAUAUGCCCCCACCUCAUUAGCACUGUCUGUCCACCUGUGUGAUAUUUAUAACUCAAGGGUGUCAGAAAAGACUCUGGCGCCCCCUAGCUGGCAUCUCUGAGCCCUAGCAGGGGUUUUGCAUGAGUGAGGGGAGAGCAUGGCUUCAUGAAACCAGAAAAGGGCGGGGCCUUCACACAUUAUCAGUGACAAACUGAUUUCAGUUAAUCGUAGUGUUUCCAUCAAAAGUGUUCUUGCUCACACCCCUUAAUGAGUGUUCAGAAGAUGCACAAGAUUGAAAUGUUUCAGCAUCAGUAUAAGACAAAACAUUCAGUGCUAGGAACACAGAGAAACUUGUGUAUUUAUAAUAUCUGUGGUAUUCCUCUCUCUGUGGUGGAUUAUUAAUGCCUGAGAGGACAGAUUAUAUAUAUAUAUAUCCCUCUCUGUGGUGGAUUAUCAAUGUCUGAGAGUGCACAUAUAUAUCACCUUCUCUGUGGUGGAUUAUUAAUGCCUGAGAGUGGACAUAUAUCCCCCUCUCUGGUGGAUUAUUAAUGCCUGAGAGUGCAAAUAAAUCCCCCUCUCUGUGGUGGAUUAUUAAUGCCUGAGAGUGUUGUGUAAAGGGCAGUGGGUUCUGCUUUGACUCGUCUCUGACUCCACACAGUAAACUGUACAGGGAAGUAGAGUGGAGAUCUCGAUCUGCCCUCAUUAAUAAUGUAAAAUAAAUAAAGUGCCAUGUUUGAACCUCA